UCACUUCCUCCCCCUUUUCCCCUUUUCACUACCUCUCCCAUCACCACUCUGCCCCUCUAUUAGGUUUCAGGCACCUCUUCCUCCUCAACUGAACAACACGCACCAAACAGAAGAUUGGACGAAAAAAGAAAAAAAAACCACGCAGACUGGCUCUCCUGGUCCUUCUGUGUUUCAUCCCAUCGUAUUGUUACCUUAGUGCAUCAGCCCAACAUCACUGCAGAUCUAUUCAUAGCUCCUUGUGUCUAAUUUCAGCAUCCAGCCCACUUUUUCUUUUUUUUUUUUAACUAAAUUUCUCACAGUUUUUGCUCAAUUCACUCAUCCAGAAAAGCACAGCUGUGUCACACAGUCGUUACAGAGUUACAACCAUCCGUCUCGCAUACACUUCAUACUGAAUCCCUCAUUUGUUCCUCUCGUCUUUUUCCUGUGAUCUCUGCUGCUCCUCGUCUCUGGCCAGUAUGUGGUCCAACUUUUUUGUGCAGCAGGAUGAGGAGGGCCGCAUGGGGGCCGCAGGGGGCGGUCAGGGCGGGGGUCUGGCCGGAAUGAAGGGUUUUAGAGGAGGACAAAGAAGGACCAACAAGAUGAGUGACAGCCAGGAGGGUAAGAUCAAGCUGGUCUUUUUUGUGGCGAUCGUUGGGGUGACCCUGACAGUGCUGGGUAUGGGAACAGAGUUCUGGGUAGAGCUGGCCCAGCCAAAGAAUUACAGUGGCAACCAGACCUGCCAGGUGGCCCACUACGGCCUGUGGAAGGGCUGCAUCCGCACCCUGUGGGUGGCCGACAUCGACCCGGAGAGGACGAGUUGUGGUCCUGCUGAACUACCUGGAGAAUCCAACUGCACCUACUUCAAGUUCUUCACCUCUGGGGAGAACGCAGUCAUAUUCAAGAAGACGACAAACAGAAAUUUGAACCUAGCAGCAGCCAUUUUGGCUCUUUUGAGCCUGACCAUGAUGGUGAUGGGCUCCAUCUGUAUUGCCAUGUCGCUCAACAAAGGAGUGCCCUUCUUUCUCAAACCAGCAUCCUUCUGUUUCAUCCUAUCAGGUGUUCUGGUUCUCCUGUCGGUGCUGAUUUUCCACCAGUCUGUACUGGCUUUACUGUCCAGUGACCACUCCAUUCCUCUUCACCACGAGCUGUCUUGGUCUGUCGCCUGUGUCGGCUCAGCCGGAGCCAUCCUCAUCAUUGGAGGUGUCCUGUUCAUCUUCCUUGCUCUCCCUUUUAGUCCCUGGCAAAAAUGCUUUCCACACAAGGAUAGCACCACCUAGCCCUUAAAAUAUGAAUACUGCAAACAAUAUCCUCAGUAUUUCUUUUUGAGGAAGCAAACACCAAAUUCCAACAGCUGUGACUUUAAGCUUGCAUAAAAGACACACUAGGUCUUAACUGAAUAUGAGAAGAGGAAUGAAUGACACAUGAAGCACAGGAAGGCCUCUAGACUUAGGAUUUUAAAAUAAUCUUUGUUAUGUCAGUAAUGUGUAGCAAUUAAGAUGAAACGACUCUUUUAGAAUUAAAGCCGAAUUACAAAUAAACCAAUAUGUCUUUGCAUGCCAAAAGCUGUAAAACUGCAAAUAAAUAUUCUAUUUUUACUAA